AUGGCAGUUUUCAAGGAGAAUACACUUACAGUUCCUUGUAUAUCAUCAAACUGCAGUACUACAACGACUCCAUGCACAACCACACCACCAUCAGCCAGAAACCCAGGCACAGGUCUGCUUGGUCAAAUUUCUGAUAUUAAAAUCUCUUGCAACAAAGGUACAGGCGAGAACGAGAAUACCUUACGGGUUCCUGCUGACCUCGAUGUACCUAAAUUAGUGGCGGAUGAUGAUUUAACGGAUAUCGAUGACAUUGAAAUUGACACCCAUGAAGAAGGAUCAUCUGCGACGUCUUCUAGUGUCUUCAGUGUCGUUACAAGAAAUACAGCCAGUGCUUCUGCGUCAUCUGUCUUCAGCGAUGAGGAAUCAUCUAAGGAUGCAGUUAAGGAUGUUACUCCUUGCACAGAGCAGUUCAAGAGAGAGAGAAAUACAUUGAUGCAACUAAUUAUUGAAUAUAUAGCUGCUAAAAUUAAACAAUCUUUGCCUCUGGCAAUGUCGGGAAAUGCCUCAGCUAAUGAAUUACCACUUGAGAAAUUUUUGUUGAUUUUAACAAGCAGGUUGAGACUCACCUUACCUUUGUUUUUCAAAGGAAUAAUCUACUUAUUUCGUUACAUGGAUCUAGUAUACUUGUUGAGAUAUCUCAAUCAAUCAAAUAACUAUGCAAGUUACACCGAAAUGGAUUUUCCCAUUAGGGAGUUAAUCGUUGGCUGUUUUAAUUUGGCCCUUUCGCAAGAGAAAAUCUCUAAAAACUGGAUAGCUAUCACGGGGCUUCCAAUGGAAGAAAUUACUUCUGUGGUCCGUGCAAUUAGCAUGAGAUUAAAUGGUAAAUUCACUAUUAAGAAUUUUGAGCUAGUAAAACUCAAGCUGGAGGUUUUCCGUCAUGUCAAGAAAGUAACUUAUGUAGUAUAA